AUGGUGAAAAAGGACUUAGAUGAGAUCGGCACCGCUGUGAAGAGCGAGGCGAGUCAUGUCUUCUCUUCAACAUCCAAUGUCAUCGGGAAGACACUCAAGUUGGAUGUACCAGAAUCGCCAGCAAAUGUUAUGAAAAAGAGUCUUAGCACUUUCAUAGGUCAGGUAAGCACAGUGCUAAACCCUGAGCCGGAUGAUGAGGACGACACUGAAGUUAUCCUGUCUUCAGGGGACACCACCAUGCUUUCCACAUACAAGAAAGAAUUAGAAGCUUUACAGCGUGUGGAUGCCACUUUCAUCGUGCCAGCAUACAGCCCUGAGUUUGAGGCAUGGCGUGCGAGCCUCGAAAAUACAGAGGCUGCCGUUAUAUCACUACAAGGUGCAGGCCGACGCCUUGAGACCAGUCCACUGCUGAGGUCUCAAUACGACAAGCUCGUGCCUGAUGCUGUAUCUCAUGAGGAAUUCUGGGAGAGAUAUUUGUUUCGCGUGGCGUUAUUACAAGAUCGUUUGGCUGCAGCAGCUCGUAAACAGCCUGUGGAAGAGCCUACACAGGACCCCGUGCUCGCGCACCUGCCUAUGCAAACUGCACAAGAACCUAUUUUACAGAGUCCUAAGAAGGUCCUGUCCGGCAUAGACAACGAGAAGCCUGUCGAAAUCCCAGAGCUAGACGACGCUGUUACUUGGGACGACGAAGACUUCGCAAACGACGUGGAACUCACAGAGGAACAACAAAUACUACUUCUAGAAGAAUACGAGAGGGAGAUAGCCACAAAGAAAAUGACCAAACAGACUUCCUCUCGUGACUUGGCCAAUAACAAUUCAGACAAAACCACCAGCACAGACAGCAAAAAGAAGAUUUUGCAAACCAGAGACAAAAUGAACAAUAAGAAAAAUAAAAAUGGCCACUCACCGAAAAAGUCGCCAAAAUCGGACGUUUGCGGUAACAAUUUAGUUGAGGACUAUUUUGGUGAAAAAGAAGUGAAAGAUGAUGCUAGUGCAAAUUCUGACGAAAGCUGGGAGAAGGAAUUCGAAUUUGAGGAUGCCCCACAGAAAGCAUGA